CCCUAACCCUUACACCCUGCAGAUGCCUGUGGCUGUGGGUCCCUACAGACAGUCCCAGCUAAGCUGCUUCGACCUUGUGAAGAUGGGCUUUGUGAUGGGCUGUGCUGUGGGCAUGGCGGCCGGCGCACUCUUUGGCACCUUUUCUUGUCUAAGGAUCGGAAUGCAGGGUUGGGAGCUGAUGGGCGGCAUCCGGAAAACCAUGAUGCAGAGUGGAGGCACCUUUGGCACAUUCGUGGCCAUCGGGGUGGGCAUCAGAUGUUAAUCAGGGCAAUUGUUGCCUGCUAUAUCUACCCCCCCAUAAGUCUCCAACCAUGUACUAUAAUAAAA